AUGUCUAUUGCAAAAAAGAGAUUAGCACAAGAACGGGCUGAAUGGAGGAAGGAUCAUCCCGCUGGAUUUUCGGCCAAGUAUAGUCCCAUGAGUGAUGGGAAGGGCCUCGACAUCAUGAGAUGGAUCUGCAAAAUUCCAGGAAAGAAGGGAGGUCUAUGGGAAGGAGGAGAAUACCCGCUCACUAUGGAGUUCACGGAGGAUUACCCCAGCAAGCCCCCCAAGUGCAAAUUCACCACGGUAUUAUUCCACCCGAAUAUCUACCCAUCAGGAACCGUAUGUUUGUCUAUCCUAAAUGAAGAUGAGGAUUGGAAACCCUCCAUAACAAUAAAGCAGAUUCUGUUGGGCAUUCAAGAUCUCCUAGAUAACCCCAACCCUAAUUCGCCUGCACAAGCGGAGCCCUUUCUCCUGUAUCAGCAGGACAGAGACUCGUACGAAAAGAAAGUCAAAAAACAGGCCAUGGAAUUUAGACCGAAGGACUGA